ACCCAUGCCAGGGGCACACCUGUGAAGCGCCCAAACUGUGCCAAGUGGGCCCGGCCCCCGCCCGUAAGCCAGAGUGUCGCUGCAGCUACGUGUGUCCCACGGAGAUCAACCUGGUGUGUGGCACAGACGGACGCACCUACAGCAACCAGUGUCUGCUCAGGAAGCAGGCAUGCAAGUCUCGCGCCGACAUCCGGGUCCUCUACAACGGAAAGUGCAGCCCAGGAUUCUCAUUCAUCAAAGGCACCGUUCAAGAUGAGUAUAAUAAUGCUAAUGGUAAAUGACAACUUGCUCUUCCACGCUUUUACUGCCCUCAGCAAAGUUCUUCUGUGACUUGGAUGUCGUCAUGUGAUCACUCUGUGUGUUUGUCAGUGUGUGUCUGUGUGUAUGUGUGUGUGUGUGUGUGUGU